UGAGAUCAAUGCAGUUUGUUGUUAUUUGCACAUAUAUGGCAGGUCUAAAAUGGGUCGUCACACCUGUUAUUUUUCUUACAAUACGUCAACGUACUUUAUGGCAAAUUUGGCACAGUACAUAUUUUGUACCUAGCUCAUGGUGUGUGCGUGAGAUAGAGAGAGGGAACGAGAAAAGGACAGACAGCACUGCACCGAGGGGAGGGGAAACACGCUCCAUUAGUACAGCAACCCCACAGCCUCACCAGCCACUGUCACAAUACAUUCUUGAGAUUAUGUGGAAGAUGCUUGUCUUCAUAAGAGGAACAACAGCAGAGGACAACACCUCUCCAACGUCUUAAAGGACAUUUUUGCACAAAGAAAAAGCCUGCAGCUACAUUCAAGAGGAGGUAAAGCGAGGGAUUUGUGCUAAGAGGAUCUACCAUCAGUGUUUAGUUGCACUUGACUUGAGCGUCUGCCACUACUGAAGAGGUUGUAUACUCUUUGCUUGGCAGUGGAAAACCUGCUGCUAAAAUCAUGAGUGAGUCAAAGAAAGGCGAGCUGGCCAUUCGUGAUAAAGCUAUUCUGCACCAGCAAAGGAGACUCAAACAAGCUACCCAGUUCACACACAAGGAUUCAGCUGACCUCCUGCCACUGGAUGGGCUCAAGCGACUGGGGACGUCUAAGGACUUGCAACCUCAUAGCAUCGUCCAGCGGCGCUUACUGGAGGGGAACAUCACAAGGCUCAAGGGGGAGGCUCGGGAUCCCAAUACCAGGGUCCGUUCCCCUCUAGCUGACACCAAUGACAAACCCACCACGGACGCAGAGGAGCGCAGUGAGAGCACCGCUGACGACUCGACCGAAGAGCGGGAGUCUUUGGAGGAGAGCGAGAAGAGUCUGCGCUCAGAUGAAGAAGACGACUGCAGUGAAGCUGGGGCCAGACAAACAGUGGAGAAACAUGCACUAUCUAACCUACAGGUUCAAUGUAAGUGCUGUGAGGCUGACGUCAGAGUGUCUAUCAACACUGGCAGCCAACACAACCACAUCUCCAGCUCUUGCUGCCAGAGACUCGGACUGGUGCCCACUAAAGAUGGCUCCCCGUGUGGUGUGAGCAGUUCAGUCACAGGUCUGAGGCUACAGAUGGGCUCCAAGAUGCUCCAGUGUUCAGCCUAUGUAGAAGACGAUGAGACGUUUGAGCUGUGCCUUGGUCUUCAGACUCUUAUGGAACUUAAAUGCUGCUUGGACCUGAACAGUCUGGUGUUGAAGUUGGGGGGCUGCAGUGAUGAGCUGCCCUUCCUGGACCCCUCCACUGACGCUCAGUGCCAACACGACUCCAAUAAAAACCUGUGAGCCUCUCCGGACACUGCUGACCGCUGUUUCCUCACCACUCAGUCAUGUGAUGGAGGACAUCUUAUUGCCAAAAUGUUGUGAUAGCCUUUCUGUUGAGUUUACAUUACUGUGUUGGUACAACUCACUACAGUUUUUGUUUUAAAAAACAACAAUAAAAUAUCAACAGAAAAUCAAACAAAAGGCUAUGGGCAAUACUUUUGAGUCUAAAACUGGUCUUUAUUAUUGGAAUAAUCUUCAUUACUGUAACCAAUGAAAGUAACUAACUCUCACUCUGAGCAUUUCAGAAUUUAAAGAUGCACUAUGUAAUUUUUCAGGUAGUGGGCUUACCACCUGCUUAUUUCCUGACAUUAUUGCUUUGCCUGUAAUGUAUGUUUUACAGCUCUUCAUAGAGACAAGGAGAUGGUGGGCCCUCCACCAGAAACAUGAAGUAGUGCACCUCUAAAGAAACUAGUAAUUAAUAAAUGUAAAGCUGAUUAAUUUGGAAAGCUUCUUUUACUUCUAAGUUUUAUUGUAUGAAAUAAGCAUUUUUCCUCGAUUAAAAUGUUCCUGUUGGUCCUCAGGGUACCGUUUACAGCGUUCCAAUGAAGCUUUAUGAAAACUUGUAAGUGCGUAUAAGGCUACCUCGAGUAACAAUUCAAAUCAGAUGAUGCAUUUGUUGCUUUAUCAAGGCCUUUCUCUGGUCCUCAAAGAUCCCAGUUCCUCGUGAGCACACUGUCGCUUUGGACAACUGACUAAAUUCGUAGUCUAAAUGUGUUUUAUCCAAACCUUUUAUUUUUUAAGCAAAUGCAACAUUCCACCUGCAUGACUUUGUGGAGUUCUGCCAUUGUACAGAUCUGCAUGCUUGUGUACCAGUGUGAAUGUUAACAGACUGUAAGAAGUGCUGUUUUUGAAGUUUUUGUUCUGUAAGAGGAAGUUGCUGACGUUAAUUUGAAAGAGCUUUCCAUGUACAUUUUUUGAAACCCAAGACAAUUGCAAUAGGCCUACGUUAAUUUAUACUUUACUUGACUGAUCAUUACGUCUAAGUUAAUCAUUGUUCUAUUAAAUUUUAUGUGUUAUAUAAUAAUUCAAACUCUCCAUCAAUCAAGAAGAUGAUCUGUAACUACCCUUUGUCUAUAGAGGAAAAUACCUUUUGUUUUGCCUUAUUACAGUUUGUGUUCAACACUGGCAAACUGCCAAACAUUAAUCUACUGCCUUGUUUCACAGUUGUAAUUCUCAGCUGGUCUUACCCUGUGCAUCACAUUUUGAACUAACAAUUUUACUUUCUUUCCAACAUGAGUCAUUCAUGGAUGGUGUAGGGUGCAAAGUUGCAACAAGCAACACCACAAUGUUCACUGUAAAGAGUUGAAUAGGUAUAAUCUGGACCCUUAAAUUUGAUAAAUACACCAUUUUUGUGGUGUGUAUGUUUCACAAAUGGUUUCACAGUGUAUUGUAUUUUUGGGUUCUGAUGUAGCUGACCAGCUGAGAACUUUAUUUUUAAUUGAACAAAGACUCCUCUCUGUGCCAAAUCUUAUUGGCUAUGAUGGAGGUUUCUAAUGAAUAAUAUGCACUUUGUUUUUCAUUGUUAUAUGACCUUUACCACAUUGUUCAUUAUAAGUGAUACACAGACACUGCAGUACUAUUUUUCCUGCCUCACUACUGCACUGAGGUUAUCCCAAAUCAUGCUCUUUACAUCUGUGUGUGCUACAGAAAUCAUAUGAUAUUACAAGGGUCAUCCUUAUAGAUUUGCAUAACCUUUGUUUCAUUGUUAAUGUGGCGACCUUAUACGUGAGAAAGGA